AUGGGGGCUCUGAAAGCUAUCGAGCCUGAGCCCCGCUCUCCCCGCCGCCCCGGCCCACUGGCCCUGCGACCCCGCUCUCCCCGCCGCCCCGGCCCACUGGCCCUGCGACCCCGCUCUCCCCGCCGCCCCGGCCCACUGGCCCUGCGACCCCGCUCUCCGCGCCGCCCCGGCCCCGCGCCGCCUCCCAUCCUGGCCUCGUCACCCCGCCUCUGCCGUCCGGUGUCCUCCACGUCGGUCCCCACCGGGUCCUUCUCCGACUGCUGGGCGACGGGCAGCCGCGUCCUCCUGUUGCAGACGGUGGACACGGAGUACACGGCGGACUCGGUGGAAUGGUGCCCGCUGGAAGGCUGCAGGCACCUGCUGGCCUGCGGCACCUACCAGCUGCGGAAGCCAGAGGACCAGCCCGCCGACCCGGAGAGCAAGAGCGGACUGGACAUAGACGAGCCUCAGGUCCGUUUAGGACGUCUCUACCUGUAUAGUUUCAAUGAGGACGGCUCUGCUUGCCCCCUGGUUGAGAUCCAAAGAGGAGAUACUUCUGCAAUCCUGGACAUGAAGUGGUGCCACAUCCCGGUGGCCGGCCAUGCCCUCUUGUGUGUGGCAGAUGCUAGUGGAUCCAUAGAGCUGCUCCGCUUGGUGGGAUCCGAGAAUACCUACACACUGCAGCCGUUUUCCACGUUCACCCUGGACAAGCACUGUCUGGCCUUGUCCCUCGAUUGGUCCACUGGGAAAACUGGGAGAGCCAAUGACCAGCCCUUGAAAAUCAUUAGCAGUGACUCCAGAGGGAAGCUCCACCUCAUACGUGUGAACGAGGCGGGGCCCAGACUGCAUGAUGUGGCCACGUGGCAAGCCCAUCACUUCGAGGCCUGGAUUGCUGCUUUCAAUUACUGGCAGACGGAAAUCGUGUAUUCAGGUGGGGACGAUGGCCUUCUGAAAGGCUGGGACACCAGGACCCCUGGCACAUCUGUGUUCACCAGCAAGAGACACUCCAUGGGUGUGUGCAGCAUCCAAAGUAGUCCCCAUCGAGAGAACAUCUUGGCCACGGGAAGCUAUGAUGAGCACGUUCUGCUGUGGGACACUCGGAACAUGAAGCAGCCAUUUGCAGACAUGCCUGUGCAGGGCGGGGUGUGGAGGCUCAAGUGGCACCCUUUCCACUACCACCUGCUCUUGGCAGCGUGUAUGCACAACGGCUUUAAGAUCUUCAACUGCCGAAAGGCAAUAGAGGAGAAGCAGGAAUCAUACACAGUCUCUGUGUCUCAAACAUUGCCCAACUCACUGGUGUAUGGAGCUGACUGGUCCUGGCUCUACUUCCGCCAUCUGCCACAGACCCAGCAGUCAUUCUGCUUAGGGUCCUUUCCCUGCAGCGACCCAGAAGCCGGAACAACAGAAGUCUGUAACCAGAAGGUUGUAGGCCAGUCACCUGCACCCUCUUCUGAUCAUUUAGCAGACAAUGAUGGAGAGGGUCGUACUAGACUCCAGCGGGGAGGCAAACCGAGGUCUUCUUUCCAGCUACUCACAGAGAACUCAAAGAGCAGCGGCCAGCUGCACACUGUGGGGUCGAAAAUCUCUGACGACGACCCCCGUCUGGAAGGAGCAAACUCUGACAGCACUCUUCUAGCCACAUGCUCCUUUUAUGAUCACGUUCUUCGCCUCUGGAAGUGGCAGAACAGCUGAGCUAGGGGAGAGGCUGCUUGGUUUGAAAUAAAGACCAUUUCCACAAAUAAAACCAAGAGUGCAACUUUA